CGGCAAUUCUAUUUAACCUUUCAGACUUUGACUCGGUUGUUACGUAAGAGUAUGGUGAAGUAAAUAAUAAAGAACAGCAUGACAUUUGUUUACUUUUGCACGUAUGACAGCUUUUAAUCCGACAUCCUUGUUUUCUCGGCUGGGUAUAUCUCUGCCUUCGCAUUACUGCUUUUAGGUUGCAGCUGAGUCAGGGCUGCCACCUACAUUUUCCUGUAGCCUGUACACGAGAGAGUUGACAGCCAGAGAAAAUCUGAGGAGCUUACUGCUCAUUGACCAGCCCUGGCAAGGUGAGCGUCAUGAACCGUACAGAACUGAACCUGCCAGUGAGUCGGAGUGAGCAAAUACCGGGACAAAACCGCAUUCAUAGCACGGAAUGGAGAGUGGGGUAUCUUGGACUUGUGUACCCUGAUUUGCUGUAGGACUGACGUAAGCUUAAAAAACCAAAUUCAAGGUCACUUCUGUUAUGCUCUGCACUUUGUAGAGGAUGGGGAGUUACGGCGAGGAUGGGAUUGAGUUGGGUGCAGGGGCUUGGGGUGGCUUCUGUGCCCGCUCUGCGUUCCACGGCCGGGGACCACGGCGCCAGGGGAGAUGCAGCCUCACAGGUUUUUCUGUCAGCUCCCACUUGGCAACCCCUCCUGGCCCUCUGCUCUCUGGAGCACAAACCUACCUGUGUCUGCUGGGCCUUGGCUGUAGAAGGAUUUUUGGGUUGCAGUUUAUAAGGUCACGGGGCUUGGAAAUUGCAGACUAAAUAGCUGCUCGGUAACAUGGGUUCUGUGGCCGUCUUGUCCUGUUCAAAAUACUCUUUUCAUUUCCCUCCAGAGGAGUGGUAAAAUCUAUGAAAUACUUAGAUUGGCAUAUGUGUACUUUAAUUAAUUCUACUGGGAACUUCCAUAGCUGUCAUUGCCGAAGACUUUUUUUAAAUAGAAUGUUUACUAUGAAUCUUCAGUGAGUGCUUCAGGAACCUCAUGAAACUUAACAGGAGAAUUGAAACUCCUUGGUAACAAAAUACCCACUGUUUAGGAAAAAAUGCUUACAUUGAUGCUUCCCAUUUUUACUAAAACCCCAGAUUUAGCUUUUUUCCCUCACUUGCAAUUUUGUAUCUGAGCCCCUUUUAUUUGAGGAUACGCUGAAGCCCAGUAAGUUACCGUGGCUGUGACCAUGGCAAAAAUAACGGGCAGCUGCUCUCAGCUUCAGCCUCUGCAGCUCAGGAAAAGGGAUCUGUGUGUCAACGCUUGUUUUGUCAGUUGAUCAAACUGUAUUAGAAUUGUCUUAUUUCUGGGAGCCGGUUCAUUUGCCUGCAGCAGAAAAAAAAAAUAAAAGGUGACUGCUGAACCAUCUCCUGCCCCUUGCUGGGCCGUUCUCACCCGGCUGGGGCAGAGCUGUUGAACCUGCUUGGCUCAGCCUCAGCUGCUGGAGUUUGCUGGCCAGACCCGAAAGGCAGAGGAAGGAACACUUCAAGAAUGAGUCCACCACAAGAUAGAAGUAGAAAUUCCUGCAGCAGUGAGCCUCUGGCAAAGUGCCUUCAAGCGAAGAAGGACUUGGAAACAGCUAUAUCCGGAAUUGUCAAAGCUGAACAACAGAUUAAAGAGAACUGGCGGGAGGUGAAAGCCAAGAUCCACAGCCACAUCAGCCGGCAGCUGGAAUGCCUGCGCAGCCGCGAGGUCUGGCUCUUUGAGCAGGUGGAUCUCAUCCAGCAGCUCAAGGAGGAGGCCUUGCAGCAGCAGGCACAGCAGCUCUACUGGUACUUGGGACAAUUCAAUUGCCUUAUUCAUCAGCUGGAACGCUCCUACAGUCACGAACUAGCAAACCAGAUUUCAGUUUGCCUGGAGAGACUGGACAGUCUAACUCUUAAACCAGAGGAGUCUUCCAUCCUGAAUUUUGAGGCUGACACAUCUUACCUUCGCCAGGCUAUCACCUCUUUUGGUUCAAUUAAAACAAUGCAAACCUCAGAGAGAGAGAGUACUUCUCCCUGGUUCCCAGGGCAGAACUGCGCUCUGAUGAACUGUGAGCAGCAGAAAACAUUGUGUGGGACAGUGAGUGCCUCGCUCGCUGACUGGUUACUUGGAAGCAGGCCUGGGGGUGUUUGCCAGGCUCCGUAUAUUCCCAGCACCAAUCUGGAAGAAUGGAUUAUGCAAAACCACGUGUCAGAGCCCAGCCAGGAUUUAAAUUCUUCCAAAGUCUGUUACUUCGAGCAAGCCUGGGGAAAUCUGAAAGAUUUGGAAAACUGGCUCCUGCAGAAUCAGCAGCGUGACGUUGGUGAGAAGACAGAGUCCCCUGGCCGCAAGGACUCCACCUCUAGUUCCAACUCGUCCUUUUCCACUAUCGGAAAGGUGGAGGAAUUGGAAUCCCUUGGACAAGAAGAGAUGGACCUUUCUGACUGGCUGCUCACUCCUGACACAGAAAAUGGAAGUACUGCUUCAGAUGAAAAAUGGAAGUAUGAAUUUAAACCUUUCAGGGAAGAAUUUAAUUUCAAUGAUUGGCUCCUCAAAGCUGAAACAUGUACCAGUUGUCGUGGUAGCCAGAUCAAAAGUGUGGAAAUCGAGAACCUGGGAAAUCUGAAGUGCCUGAAUGAGCAUCUUGAUGGAAAGAAGUCACCCGUUACCUCUGCUGUAAACGCCUGGCUUCUCCAGCAUCCCCAGGCCCCCUUUAAAGUGGAAGAUGUCUGCAAAGCUAACGAGCUGUGUGCCAGCUUUUCAGAAUGCGUGUGUGAUGAAAACUGUGGAAGAGAGGCUUUGUGUAAAUGGCUUCUGAAGAAAGAAGGGAAGGAUAAAAAUGGAGUUGCAGUCAGCCAGAAAGAUGUACCAAACCCUGAGCAGGAGAAGACCAAGUCUGCAGCUAAUACCUGGCUUAACCCUGCGCAGCAGCUCACAGGGGAACCCCUUAGUGCAGAGAAAGCAGAUUACUCAGCAGAGAUCGCAGAACCCUUCAAAGUGUUGCUGGAAAGGCCUCUGACGAGCUGGCUGGCCACGUCUGAGCACAAAGCAGAAAGCCCAGAAGAAAAAGCGAGUAGGGAAAAAGCAGAUAAUAGUUUCAAGAGUCCCUUCCUAGACCUCCUGGCUCCAUUCCACCUCCCCUUGAAUGUAAACAGUUGGGUGUUGACUUCAAACAACCUAGAAAAUGUGAACCCAUCUCCCCCGGAAGAUAAAUGGCUUCUACGCAAGAAAGCACAAGACUUUGGCCUUCCUACCGUUUGUGACCUCUUUGCCUGUAUGAAACUCAGUGGAGAUAAGGAGAAAUGGCUGUAUCGGACUCCUUUGCAGAUGUGAAGAACUGGAAGCAUUGACAUCAUCCCCUUCCUGCUGAUCGAUCGCACAUCACGCUGAGUGACUGCAGCCAGCUGGAUGCUUGUGUUUGUGUUUGCCCGUCUGCUUUUUUUUCUAGAAUUAUUACAAA